UCACGGGUGCACCUCACCCACCCCUCAUCUCGAUGCAAGGCUCGUCACUGUGGGUAGACCCACCUCGUGCCGUGAUCGACGCCGGAUGUCACCAUUUCAUCUCACUUCAUGGUAUGGGCAAGGGGGCACCCCUGCAAUCAAUUUUAGACCAUUCAAUUUCAGGGUUGGAACGCAGCGGCUCCUGCAAUCAAAUUGACACUAACGCUUCCGCAACCCAGGUCCCUUCAACGCGUGAGAGGUAAGUCCUUUCGACCCAGCUCUUCCAAGACUGCCCUGGUAACCGUACACGAACCUCAACUUGUUUUUACAUAGAUUCCCCUGCCCCCUGACCCAAAGUCUACUCAGUACCCAUUGGGUUUUGAGAUUUUUGAAAUCUCAAAACAGUGUAGAAAUUGGUUUAUUCGUGCCCCUUACAUUACAAAUUCACACAUGCCGACACAAAUGAAAUCCAUCAUUCCAGCUUGUUGCUAACACUGCACCUUAAGAAAUUGAUCAUACCAUAAACUCCUACGGGGUAUUUCUAUCACCACCAUGGCUCCAAGGACACGAUCAUUCCGAACGCACACAUCGCCGUUGAAGAAUCUCGAGGAUCCAAUUGUUGCGCUCCAGCCUUCUCCUCUAUUGCCUAUCAUAUCCAUCUCCAUUCAUUUGAGAACUCAGUAUUUACAAGAGCAGAUCAGUUAAUUCAAUCAGAAAUCUGAUGAGACUUUCCAGGCCAGCUAAGAAUGGUUUAAGGAUUUGGUGAAUAUCUGUCUACAUCACGGUUUUGAAUCCUGGAGGUUAGUGAAUUAUUUUUACACUGGUCUCACUCCACAAUGCAAGCAGUUUGUUCAGACUAUGUGCAAUGAAGAAUUCUUUAGCAAGGAACCUGAUGAAGCAUUGUCAUUUUUUGACUAUCUUGCUGAGAGCGCACAACAAUAGAACACUCAGAAUGAUCAAAUUUCAUCGACAGUACAGCCACUAGGGGCUAUUGCUAGUGGGGGCAGAUAUGAGCUCAAGGAGGACACUGGCGUUCAAGCCUGAAUAACUGCAUUAACUAGAAGACUGGAGGUCAUGGAGAUGGAAAAUGUGAAGGCUGUGAAAACAGUAGCGGUAUGUUAUUUAUACGCUAAUUCACACCACAAGAACCAAGAUUGUCCAAUCAUGCCAGUAUUUCAAGAGAGUGGCUCUGAGCAGAUGCAAUCAGCAAACUGGGUUAAUAGAGCAUAAAAUCAGCCUUUCUCCAAUACAUAUAAUCCAGGGUGGAGGAAUCUCCCAAAUUUCUCAUAGAGGAAUGAUCAGCCUGGUCGGUCUCCGCCAUCUUCUCAGCAGCCAUUUAGUCAGGAUGCUCCUCAGCACCCGUAUCAGCCAUAUCAGAGUUCUCAGAGCUAUUAUUUUGUAGCACCUCCAGGAUUUCAGCCUCAUGUAACUGCACAAAGUUCUCAGCUUCAAUCAUCUGCGAAGAAGUCUCUAAAUUAUAGUAUGACACAAAUGGCCAAUACACUUCAGCAAUUCAUACAGAUUCAGGCCACCACAAUCAAUCAGAACACCCAGGUCAUAAAUGACUUGCGGGGCAUUAUCAAUAAGAUGAGCACAACAUUGAGCACUCUAGAGAAAGGAAAAUUUCCAGCACAGCCUUAGUCUAAUCCUCAAGUAUACCGGCAACAACAACAACAAGUGCAUAAUGUCUUAUGGGAGGUUUUUGAGACAGCGAAGGCCUUUCUUACUUUGAAAAGUGGAAAAGAAGUUCCCCAACCAGAGAUGACUAUGGACACACAGGUAGUUGCUUCUACACCUGAAGAUGCCACAGAGACUGGUGAAGUUGAAAAAGAAUCAGAGGUAGUGAGGCCAAAGCUGAAGAAGCCUGUGAAUGCAGAUACUGAAACUAGUAGGGGGUACCAACCUGUAGUUCCCUAUCCUCAGAGAUUGGCAGUUAGCCAAAAAAACAAAUACCACACUGAGAUUUAGGAGAUUUUUAAGCAAGUAAAGAUUAUUAUUCCACUCUUAGAUGACAUACAACAAGUGCAUUCAUAUGCAAAAUUUUUUGAAGGACUUGUGCAUAGUGAAGAGGAAGUUGAAUGUAAAGAAGAAAGCUUUCCUAAUAGAGCAAGUUAGUGUAUUGAUAUUGAGCGAGACUCCUCAGAAGUUUGGAGAUCCCGGCUCUCCAAACAUUUCCAUUAUGAUUGGUGAGUCAUGCAUUGGGAGAGUUUUACUUGAUUUGAGGGGUAGUGUGAAUUUGCUACCAUUCUCAGUGUAUGAGCAGUUGGGAUUAGGUGAGCUGAAAAAUACCUCCAUAAUGCUACAGUUGGCUGACAGAUCAGUUAAGGAGCUGAGAGGUAUUGUUGAGGAUGUGCUGGUCCAAGUGGACAAAUUUUACUACCCAGUGAAUUUUGUAGUUCUUGAUAUGCAGCAGCCAAACUCCACUAUUUACCAAGCUCCUGUCAUUCUUGGAAGACCAUUUCUAACUAUAUCAAAUGCUUUGAUUAAUUGCAGAAGUGGAGUUCUAAAGCUUACUUUUGGGAAAAUGGUACUUGAGUUGAACGUUUUCAAUACUUGCAAGAUGCCAGCACAUUUUGAUGACACAGAUUCUUCUUUACCACUUGAAGUACAAUUUGCAGGCUUAAGAUGGAAACCCCAGUUUGAAACUCUAACACCACCAGACAUACUUAAAUCUUCAGAGAAAGAAGUUUCCCAAUUGGAACUGAAACUACUUCCUCAAGAUUUAAAGUAUGUGUUUUUUGGUCCUGAAGAAAGCACUUUCCCUGUGGUAAUUUCCUCAAAGUUAAAUCAAAAGGAUGAAGCCCAAUUGAUUAAAGUUUUAAAAAAGUAUCGAGGCGCAAUUGGUUGGACAAUAGCCAACAUCAAAGGUAUUGAUGCUGUUGUUUGUACCCAUAGAAUCCAUCUUGAAGAUGAUGCUAGACCGGUUUGUGAUGCUCAACGUAGGCUCAAUCCUACCAUAAAGGAAGUUGCCAAAGAGGAAGUGCCUAAGCUGCUCGCAGUGGGUAUCAUUUACCCCAUCUCAAACAGUAAGUGGGUAAGUCCAACUCAAGUGAUACCAAAAAAAUAUGGUUUAACUGUUAUUAAAAAUAAUAAAAAUGAGUUGAUUCCAACUAGAAUGGUUACUAGUUGGAGAAUGUGCAUUGAUUAUAGAAAACUUAAUUCAACCAGUAGGAAUGAUCAUUUUCCUUUGCCAUUCUUGGAUCAAAUUUUAGAAAGAGUGGCUGGUAAUGCAUUUUAUUGCUUUUUGGAUGGAUACUCUAGUUAUUAUCAAAUUGUUGUAGCACCUGAGGAUCAAGAAAAAACCACUUUCACCUGUCCUUUAGGCACAUUUGCUUUUACCAGAAUGCCUUUUGAUUUGUGUAAUGCUCCAACUACUUUUCAGAUAUGCAUGAUGAGUAUUUUUUCUGACAUGGUUGAGGAUAUUUGUGAAAUAUUCAUGGAUGACUUCUCUGUUUUUGAAAAGAAAAACGCUUAGUGCAGUCGCCCGAGUUAAGCACCGCGUAAGCAGCUGCUGAUGUGGCAAUAUGACAAAACGCACCGUUUUGAAUUCUUCUUCAUUCUUCCAAACUUUCCGCCUCCUCAUUUUUAGACCAAACUUGUUUCCUCUGUGAUUUUUCUUUCCAGCCGACUUCCCUCCCUCUUUGCUCCCUCUCUACUCCUCACGAGAAUC